CGCACACACGAUUUGUACUGUCAUUUACUUGUCUGAUGCAAGCAAGUUCACAAAGUUGUGCGUAUGGGAAGUGUGAAAUCACAUACGAACCGAAGUGAAUAAUUAAUCAACAUUUUAUUUUUAUCACUUUGCUUUGUCACUCAAUCGAUUUGUGAUUUAAUUUGUGUGAAACGAUUUUCCUCAACAGAAAAUAUACCGAAAGUAAAAAAGACGAGAAGAUAGAAGUAAAAUAAAUAAAUAAAUAAUAUUAAAAUAACACGUCAACGUAAUUAACAAAGUGCGGAAGAGAAUAGUCGAAAUCGUACGGGAAUGACAUCAAAUUGGGAAUAUGAAAUAAAUAUGUACGCAAUUUUUUUACAAAUAACUAAUGGAAACGUGCAAAAUGUGCUUUUAGUAUCGAAAUCUUGACGGAAACUUACAACAUAGGCCAUGCAUUGAACAAACGCAGACCAUAAUACAUAAAAACGUUGUUCACCAUUUUUUACGGAAUAAAAUACACCAUAAAACCGUAUUUUUCUUUCAAUGUUAAAGAAAUUCAAGGCUCUUUAACGAAGCGCAAAAAAAGAGAAGAAGAAUUAAGAGGAGAUCGUUACAAAGAGAAAGAGAGAGAGAGAGAGAAAGGGGGAAACACUGAAACAAAAACCUGAAGCAAAAUUCGAGGAAAGCAAAAACAGCUGUAUGUUACAAUUUUAUCAUCGCAUAGACACGCAGAGAAUAUCCAUCCCAACAGCUUAAAGCUUGUGUUUUUUGAUCAUCAUUUGGAUCUCAUGCAUUUCAACAGUUUAAUCAAUCAGUAACGGAACACACCAAAUCAAAACCAAAUAUCAUUAUGACGAUGGAUUAUUCAACAACAACAUCUAUGAUAUCCAAACCAUUUGCGGCGGCAGCACAACCUUUGGAUCGUGAUAUCAAACAACAAUAUAAAUGUGUCUAUAAUUUGCUGAAGCAGUUCGAACAAGAGAAGCAGAAAAUUAAAUCAAUUGAUGGCAUUUUUGAUGGUCGCAUUGAAAGUCUGCGCAAUUCAAUCGUUGACCAGAGCACAGCAUUGAUUUAUCAAACUGAAUUCGAAGUUAUCGGUCGAAAAUGUCGUGAAAUUCUUUGGUUCAAAGGUUAUUAUGAUUUAAUUUCGCUGGCCAAACGUUUGUGGAAGAAAAACCAGACGAACAGCAAACAAGCGGAAGAGCAAAUCAGCAAUUUGAUCAUCGAGGGUAUUUCACAUUUUAAACUAAUCAUCGUAAAUUUGGAGCGCAAAUUUAGCUUGGAUUUACGUGAUGUUGUUGAUUUUUCAUUUCUGGAUACAUGCGAAAAAAACCUGUACACAGCCGUUGCCAGCCAAAAUAGCAUUUGUCACAAUGAGAAUCGAACCCAAGAUGAGGUCACCAAGUAUGCCAUGGAAACAAUUCAUGCAUUACUCAUUUCAUUGGGUGAUUUGCAUCGAUAUUUUAUCGAUUUUGAUUUUACCAUGCCGAAAAUUAGCAAGGAUUUUGCUGCCAACUAUUACUUCGAAGCAUUCAAGCUAAACCCAAAAACGGGAAUGGCACAAAAUCAACUGGGAACAUUGUUGGCUGGAAGUACAUACAAUUUGGAUUCGAUUUAUCACUAUUUGUAUUCGUUGACAUGCCCUGUACCGUUUGAAUUGAGCGAUAGCCGUGUCGUGUGUUUAUUUCAAAACAAUGCAAGCUAUUUGGAAAAAAACGAAGGAUCCAACGAGAAAUGUGACACAAUCGGUUUACGUGAUUUUAUUGCUCGUUAUCUGUUGGUCAUCGAUGUUUUUUUCUACGAUAAGGAAAUCAACGAUUUCAAUUCGUUGUGCCAUUGUAUGUUGCUUGAUUUUCGUAAAAUGUUACAAUCGCAACGCGUUGAUUUAUCAGGCGAAAUUCUAUACAAAAUGAUUGCGACGUUUUUCUUCUGUUUGAUAAAAUUGAAGACGAUUGGUUCGAAUAAAAUUCACAGUUUGAAUGCAUUUUUGGUGGCACUAUGCUCGGAGCUAGUGAGUGCAUGUACGAUGAAAUUGAAUAAAUUCAUUGAAGGCCGUGAAGCACAAAAUGCAAAAUUUCAAGCAAAAUAUUUAAAAAACUUUGAAGAUUUCGAGCAAACCGUUCGUGAUGCACGCGAAAAACAUAAACGUUACAUCGAAUCAUUGGUGUCGUCAGCUUCGCACACCAAUGACGAAAGCAAUGACACGGCAAGCGUUAAAGGUCAUUUAAAUGGAAAAUUGACAAUUAACAAACUUUCCGAUGACUCAUUCUUUUUGCGAAACGGACAUAAGUUCAAUUUAAAUGGGCACGAUGAUAUGGCAACCAAUAGCAGUGGCCGUGAACGGGAAUCAGACGCUGGCAAAUCAACACCGUUGUCUUCGUCACAAACAAAAAACCAAAAACGUCGCGGUAAUUUUCGUCGACGUCGUCGCCGCAUGGUGUCGGAGCAUUCGAACAGUGAUUUAUCGUAUUUUGAGGACAGCGAAUGUGAAAUGGAUACUGAUUUCGGUACGGAUGAAGAUAGUGCCGAUGAAAACGCCGAUGAUUCUUGGUACACAUCGGAAAGUGAGGAAGAGGAAGAGAAUGUGAUGGAAAAUGGUUCGAAGCAGUCAAUGAAUGGUGAAACAAAACACAACAGCCAACCGCAAUCAAAUGACGAUGAUGACGAUGUGAUUAUUGAAGAUGAACAAAUCAUUUAUCCAUCAAAUGGCGUUGAUCAGAAGCAGCCAGAAGAAAGUUUGAAUCAGCCAAAUAACUAUGAGCACAGUAUUUUUGGUGAUUUUAUGUCCAGUUUCAAGCAACUUCAAUUGUUCGACGAAGAAACGACAAAUGGCCAAAAUAAUUUUACAUUUGAUAAACCCAGUAUGGCAAAUCCGUUUGAUUUUCAAUUCAAACUAAUCGAUAAUGUUGAGAAUACAUUGUGUAAUGGUGAAACCAGUUCGAACAAUACUACCGCGCCGGAAAAACUUCGAUUCAAACAAAAAUACAACAAAAUUGAUCCGAAUAUUAUUAUUGAAUUUUUUCAACAUGAAAAUACAAUGGUUGCUUUGAAAUUGUUAUUCGAUUGGCUUCGCGGAAAUAGUGCUAUAAUUGUGAACUGCUUCACCACCAAUCCUGAAUUUAUUGAGAAAAUUUUUGAUUUAUUGAACGCCAUGAACAUUGAUGUGUUUACACGAAAAGUGUAUUUUGAGCGAUCGUUUAUUGAAAUUGAUGAUGUACGCGAGAGUUUGCGUUCACUGUUCGAUAUGCGUCAAACAAUUCCGAUGAAAGAAGAUGUAUUGCUGAAAGAAUUUGCCGUAUUUGAUUUGUGUCAACGUCACAUGGAUUGGACGUUACCGCUAAAAUUGAAAAUCACCGAAAAUGAAGAGACCAUUUUACGCAUUUUCUUAUUCAUUGAUUUCGGUUUUUCGUUAUGCAAAAUGAAAAAGUUUGACUACAACUUUUGUUCGCGCACACGAAACUUUAUAAAAGUCAUUUCGACAAAACAGAGAUCGAUGAAGAGGAUUCGCAAACGAGGACGACGCAAUAGACGACGUGUACGUAAUAGAAGUCGCAAUCGACAAUCGAAUGGCACUGAAUUGUGCGUUCUAUCGCGCAACGGAGAACAAACCGGCCGAAGCAGUACUGACGAUGGCCAUCACAUUGACGAUGAUAAAAAACCCAAUUUGAAAAAAGGAUACUUGAAAAAUCGUCAACAAAACAAUCAAGCCAAUGUGUCGCCAGCAAAUGGUGAACAGAGCAACGCAACAUCGGCCGCUGAAAAACAUCAGCUCAUGGGAAAAUUGUGGCUGAAACAUGAAAUUGAAGUACUUGAAGCCAAAAUGUCCAAGAAUAUUCUAUCACCAUAUUUGGUGGUCGAUUCAAAAGUCCUGUCCCAUCAUUUGGAAAUCGUCAAAAAAUUGGUCAAGGCUAAGAAAUUCGUUGUACUUAUACCGAGCGCGGUCCUUGCUGAACUGGAUGAAUUGAAGAAAACAUCAGAUGGAGUACGGAACACAAUUCGAUGGCUAGAACGUGAAUUCACCAAUGGUGGUGGUAGCCGAUUUAUUCGUUUGCAACGCAACAACGAAACAAAAUCAAUCGCAUUAAUUAAGGUUCCGAAGAAAUUAGAUCGUGAGGCAUCAACAUUUAUGCACAUCGCCCAAUUCUGCAACUACAUAAAUGACACGCAUGUAGCAAAUGGUGAAAAUAUAUUGGAUGCAUCGAUGGCAAAACCGAAUGUCGUGACAUUCCUCACCGGUGGCAAAUUAAUCGAUAAGAAAUUGAGCAAUAUCAGUUUCACGGGUAUUUUGGAUGCGAUCGGUAUCAAUUAUGAGCAAAUUAACGAAUUCUAUGCAAAGUAUAAAAUGAAAUGAGUAUUCAAAUGUUUGAAAAGCUUUCUUCAAAAAAAGCGGAUUUUGGAUAAAAAACUGAACUAAAUAAUACAUUGCGUAUGACAAGGUUCAAUCACACAAACAUACAAAUUCAAGGAAAUUAUAAUAUCUUUUCAGUAAGAAUAACGUUCGUGUCCAUUCUCAAAUGCUUAAAAAAAUAUCAAAAAAGUUUUUUUUUCUGUCGUCGCAUGACGCAUACAAAUUAAGCUUGGCAUUUAUGAGAAUUAACGACAAACGGGAACAAAUUCGAAGGAGUUUCAAUAAGGUCGCAAACUCGGAACUCAUUGCAGUUCGUUUGCUUUGCGAAAUUGAACAACCCAACAAACACAAACAAACAUCAAACAACAAAAUCUCAUCCGAACCAAAUUAAAUUUCACCAGAAACAAACGACUCGUUUCAUGCCUAUUAAAAUGGUAUUAAUGUAUUUUACAUUCUAAAGCAUUGCUUUGUGGAAUUCAAGCAGAAAAAAAUGGGGGAUCGGUGAUAAAAAAAAUCUUUAUGUUAUUUCUUCAUUUUUAAAUCAUUUUUUGCCGUUGAUCUAAUCUAAUAUUCUUCUCAAUGUUUAUGACAUAUUUUGAUUUUGCUUCCACACUUGAACAAAUAAUUAAAAAAAUAAAAUUAAAAAAAAUACAAUUGAACGAUUAUCAUCGUCUAUGUCUAUGAUGUAUGUCGUAUCUAUCGAUUUCAACAACAUAAAAUAAACAGAAAAUAAAAUGAAAUAAACAUGUGACUUGUAUUGGUUUAACUCUAUAAUAAAAAUAUCCAAACACAUCAUAAGCA